GAGAAAAUUUUAUGAUCGAAUCAAAGUAAUAUUGUACAAUCCGGCAACAGCGUAGACGUAUAAAACUCGUCUGUGCUUACAGGGAGGCGUAAAUCGAAACCAGUGUUUUGUUGAUACUCCAUUGUAGUCGCAGUAGUCGAGUGCGCGUACAAUACCGGAAGGAGAAUCAGAUAUAUUAAAUCGACAUACAACUCUACGUAGUUUUUCAAGCCGGGUGUGUAAAAAGUGACCGGUUUUCGUAAAUAUAUAUAUAAAAAAAAGUGUGAAACAAACAUAUUCGAUAUUUUUUAUCACCUGUUUUAUUCAUAAGAUCGAAAACCUCGAAAAAUAUGAACGGAAUAGUAGAAAGUCACACGAACGGAUCGGGCGAUCUUAACGGAUGCGGCGAUAUAAUUACGCAAAACCAACAGAAAGGUUGUUGGACUAUCGGUCUCAUAAAUUCCAAGUGUCGGUACUUAACGGCCGAAACGUUCGGUUUCAAAAUCAACAGCAACGGUACUUCGCUCAAAAAGAAACAGAUAUGGACUUUGGAGCCCGAUACAUCCGGCGCUGGAGACAGUUUGAUAUACUUAAAAUCGCACUUGGGGAAAUACUUAGCAGUAGAUUCAUUCGGUAACGUCACUUGUGAAAGCGAAGAAAAAGAACCGGGUUGUAAGUUACAAAUAAGCGUAGCCGAAGACGGUACCGGUAGAUGGGCCCUCCGCAACGUCGUACGAGGAUACUUUUUGGGUGCUUCCGCCGAUAAAUUAACCUGUACGGCUAAAGUACCGGGUGACGCGGAAUUUUGGCACGUGCAUUUGGCGGCUAGACCCCAAAUGAAUUUGAGAUCGGUCGGUAGGAAACGUUUCGCUCACUUAUCGGAGAACCUCGACGAAAUUUACGUCGACGCUAACGUUCCUUGGGGCGAAGACACGCUUUUCACCCUCGAAUUCAGAUUGGAGGAAUCCGGAAAAUACGCCAUUCACACUUGCAACAAUAAAUAUCUUUCCAUGAAUGGUAAAUUAGUGGAUAGUUGUAAUAAAGACUGUCUCUUCACUGCCGAAUACCACAGUGGCCAAUUAGCUUUAAGAGACCGCAACGGUCAAUAUUUGAGUCCCAUCGGUUCGAAAGCUGUGUUGAAAACUCGUUCCAAUACAGUUACCAAAGACGAACUCUUCUCUUUGGAAGAUUCACUUCCUCAAGCCAGUUUCGUAGCCGCUUUGAAUACCAGAUUCGUUUCCGUUAAACAAGGUGUAGAUGUAACUGCUAACCAAGAAGAAAUAUCAGAUCACGAAACCUUCCAAUUGGAAUUCGAUUGGAACACCAAGAGAUGGUACAUCCGUACAAUGCAAGAUAAAUAUUGGACUCUCGAAACCGGAGGGGGUAUUCAAGCCUGCGGUGACAAAAGAUCAUCUAACGCCUUAUUCGACCUCUCCUGGCAAACCGACGGUUCCGUAGCGUUCAGAGCUAAUAACGGACGUUACGUCAUUACCAAACGUUCCGGUCACCUUUACGCUACCUCAGACACUAUCGACGACACCUGCAGAUACUUCUUCUAUCUCGUCAACAGACCCAUUUUGGUAUUAAAAUGCGAACAAGGCUUCGUGGGAUAUAAAUCGACAACGAAUCCUAAAUUGGAGUGCAAUAAGGCUACUUACGAGACCAUACAAGUCGAGAGGGGAGAAAAGGGAAUUGUUUAUUUCAAAACUCACGAAGGAAAAUACUGGCAUGCCGAUAGUGAAAGUGUAACCGCCGAUUCAGAUACACCGGAGGGUUUCUAUUUGGAAUUGAGGGAACCUACACGUUUGUGUAUCAAAACUUCGACUGGUAAUUACUUAACGGCGAGCAAAAACGGAUGUUUCCGUAUAGGUGACAGCAAUAUCGAAAGUGCUACACAAUGGGAAUACUAAGAUUAUUCUCAAUUAACUACUAUUUGUUUAAUUAUUAAUAAUAUUUAUUUUUGCUAGAUUUUAAAUAUGUAUUUAGUGCUGUGGAGUGAAAAUUUUUAAAAUAUUACACGAGCAAAUACUUAAUUUCGAAACAACUGUGUUCAAAAUAUCAUUUUAUUUCUUUUUACGUUUUUUUUUAUUGUCUACGUUUAUUUAUAUGGAAAUUAUUUUUUUAUAAUCCAGAACAACACUAGCCAAAAUAAAAAAACGAGUAAACUGCCAAAAUAUACUAACAUUUUGUAUGUAUAUAUAAAUAUCUUGAUAAUAUUCAAGUCCUACUUGAUAAAUUAAUUAUUUCAAAUUUACAGGUAUGUAUAUUAUAUACGGGGAGAGAAUGUAACUGAUUCUGACUCACCCUGUAAACAGAAAUGUGUUUUCUGUAUUAAUUGAUAUAAAUUUAGUUGCUUUUUGUAGGUGAAUGUUUGGAAGUGUGGUGCACCCUAUUUUUGGUCAUAAAAAAAUUUAUAUUUUCAAUAUGUUUUUAAUCAUUUUGUUCAUUUUUUGGGGUAUAUAAUAUAAAAAUGUUUGAAAACCAAAAUUUUGACACUUUUGUUAAUGAAAAACCCAAAACCCAUUUUUCAUGUCUUGAAAUAGGACCCAACUUCCAAAUAAUCUUUUUUUUAUAUAAUAAAACGUUAUGAUGUAACACCACCUUCAAAGUUUUAAGUAUACAAAGCAUUUUUUAUUUAUAAUGAAUAAUAAUUUAUGUUUUGCUAAUUUUUAAUGCAAAAUAUCUAAAUUAUGGUGUAUUUCCUUUUCAAAUUCAUGUAAUUACACUAAACAAAUUGAUCGUUUAUCGAAAUGAAAAUCAUCUAGAGGUAAAAUCGUGAAAUCAAUGUCUUUUUACCAGUUGUUGCAUUUAUUAUUUAACAUGUAGGCUCAAAAAAAUAUAUUUAAAAAAACCGUUUAUUUUUUACAUAUCCCUUAGGUGUUAAGGAGCUUUUUGCAAUUUUUUUAUAGUCCUGUUGUCUUUUUAUAGCUUUUCCAGCGACGUUUAUAUUUAUAUAUGUACGGGUCCGAAUUCAAUGGAUACUUUUUUUGUAUGAUGAAUGUAUAAUCUCUAAAUAUAUAUAUAUCUGUCUGUA